AUGAAGACAAACAUCGUCGUCCACAGAGACGGCACCAGCGUUUGCUGCUCCCACUCAUUGAGGAUGCUGGUAAACCUGAGCAGCAACGCCUCCGACAUCUGCUCCAGGGCGCAGGGGUGGAGCGCGUCCCAUCCCAACCCCGUGCGCUUGCCAAAGCUGCUCAGCACUGAGCGGACCUGCCGUACGGAGGUCGGGUCCAAGCCAGCUUCUGUGGCCCAUGCUGCUGCUGGAGACUCCGACUCGCGGGCGGCCUUGGACCAGAGCGGCAGCAUUUUCUCUCAAGAUGGCCUCAGCCGCUGCCGAACCCACCUGUGCCAGGGCGUCAGGGUCCCUAGUCGAAUCAACCUGUGUGCCACGCGGCCUGUGUCGGCAAGGGCCGAGGCGCAGAACUCCCGCCACGCCGCGGACUUCGCAGAUGCGUCCGCCUUGCGCCGCUGCUGCAACUCCUCCAGCAGCCCUUCGAACCAGGCAGCCAGAGGACUAUUGCGCUCCGAGCCCGAGCCACCUGUCGAGGUCCAGAACGGCCAGGGCCUUUGCUUCGGAAAGCGCAGCGGGCAGCUCGAUCUGCCGGGCCUGCUUGAUCAAGCGCUGCUUCCGAGCUUGCACUUCCGCCAAGGGGCGCUGGACCAAGCGGGGCCCCUCCGAGCGGCCCCGGACAUGCCGGGCGCGCGCCGCCUCGAUGCCGCGGGCGCGGAUCAGCACUGCAUCCGGGGCAUGCUGCGGAAGGAGCCGGAGAGGCGGCUGGGCGCGGGCAUGCACGGCUUCGAGGCCAUCAAGACCCACGACUUUUUCUCCGUCGCCGACGGCGAGGGCUCAUUGUUCGACAGGACCAUUGGGAUCGAAGCCGCGAAGCUCGCCCGCCGUACGUCCCCUCGGGGGAGAUCUACGGCGACCCCGACACGCUGA